UCGCAUGCUUUUUUUUUCUCACCUUUCUUUCUCUCUCCUUUUUUUUUGCUUUCUUCCUUCUGUUGAGCUUUUUAACAUGAUCAACCGUCCAAACCGCGUUAUCCAACAGCAAAAGUAUUUCCAAGCACCUUCCCAGACGCCUCUUUGGUUGAAGGGCCCACGAGACAAGGUUUAUGCUAUCGUUGCGUUCGGUACCAUCGGUUUCGCCUUGACUGGUGCUUUGUAUGGAACCGUCAAGUAUGUUUGAGCCCUUUUGUUUUAAUGUAUUUUGACAAGUUCAAUAUUCUAACCAUGAUACUCUAAUAGGAUGGCAAGAGGAGAGAAAUAAC